UCGAACAACGCGUGGCCAGAAGUUUUAUUUAUUUAUUUUUACUUAUUUUACUGUCUGUUUUUUUUUUGUUUUUCUUUUUACUGCAAUCUGCUGACACAAUUUAUUCGACGCGAUUUACAGGCACGAUUAAUUGACGAGUUGUUAAACAUAUCUAUUAAAUGCGAGCGGCCUUUUAAAUAACUCGUGUGCACCGCGUAAAAAUUAUCAAUUAAAAUCAAUUAACAAGCAGCGUCGGGCGAAAUAAUAAAUAAAAUAAAAUAAAAUCAAAUUUAAAUACAAAUAAAGCGAUGCCGGGAAGAAAAAAAAAUCACCACAAGAACAGCAACAGAGCCAAAAACCAGAGGGGUCAGCAGUCGAGGGACAAGCAGGAGCAGCCGGUUAAGGAGGAGGAGGAGCAGGAGGAGGAGGCUGCUCCGUUUCGUGUCGCCCAAUCGGAGAUAUAUGGCCGAUAUCUGGUGGCCAGCCGCCAGCUGGAGGCCGGUGAGACCCUCAUCCGCGAGGAGCCGCUGGCCAUUGGGCCCUGUGUGAGCGGCGAUCCCGUGUGCCUGGGCUGCUAUCAGCCGGUGACCCUGAAAACGGACCAAUACCGUUGUUCCCACUGCGCCUGGCCACUCUGCGGCGCCAGCUGCGCGGGCCUCAAACGCAAGCAUGGUCACACCGAAACCGAGUGCCAACUGUACGCCGAACGGCGGGCGGUCGCCGGCGAACUGCUGACGGAUCGCGCCGGUCCGGCGGAAGUGCGCGACCUCUACGAGCUGGUGAUGAUCGUGCGCAUCCUCCUCCUGCGCCAGCACGAUCCGGAGCAGUUUGCGCUGAUCGCCCGCAUGGAAUCGCACACGGAGGAGAGGCGACUAAAUGCCGUGCUGUGGCGCCACUACGAGGAGAAGGUGGUGCAGCGACUGCGAGUCACGUGGAAAUUGGAGGACUUGGAGGCGGAGCAGGUGCACGAGGUGUGCGGCAUCCUGGACGUCAACUGCUUCGAGAUCGGCCAGAAUGGCGCCAAGGCGCGGACGCUAUAUCCGAGCGCCUUCCUGCUCGCGCACGACUGCACACCCAACACGGCGCACACGGACGACCCCAAGUCCUUCGGCAUCCUGCUGCGCACCUCGCGGCUCGUGCGCGAGCGGGAAGCGCUGACGCUCAGCUAUGCGUACACGCUGCAGGGCACCCUCAAGCGGCGCGCCUUCAUGCACGAGGGCAAGCUGUUCUGGUGCCGCUGCCGGCGCUGCGCCGAUCCACGCGAACUGGGCACCGACUGCAGCGCCCUCGUGUGCGCCACCUGCCGGGCGGGAUCGGUACGGCCGGUGGAUCCCCUGGAGCAGACCGGCGACUGGGCCUGCGAUCGCUGCUCCCACCAAAUCGGGGCAGAGGAUGUGGAGCGAAAGCUGGACCGCAUCAACGAUGACCUGGAGGCCAUCGAUGUGCACGACAUUCCCGGGCUGGAGAACUUUCUCCUAAGAUAUCGGGAUGUCCUGCGACCGAACCACUACCUCCUGCUCUCCGCAAAAUAUUCCUUGUGCCAGAUCUACGGCCGCAUCGAAGGAUAUUUGCUGCCGCAAAUGUCGCCCGAGGAUAUUGCCCGCAAGGAGCGCUACUGCCGAGAGUUCCUGGAAAUAGUCGACGUACUCGAUCCGGGACUAACGCGUCUGAGAGGACUCAUCAUGUACGAGCUGCAUGCCCCCGUCAUGGUCCUCGCCCAGUCGGCCAUCCAAAGUGGACAGAUCUCACGUCAGGAGUUCCAGCGGCGACUCAAGGAGGUCGUCAAGCUGCUCCAAGUCAGCCGGGAUAUCCUGUGCCUGGAACCCGAAGGAUCCACGGAAAACGAAAUGGGUCUGGCUGCCGCCGAUGCCCUCAGCAAAAUGGGCUGCUAGCCACCGCAACUAUUUGUAAUUUAACUGAGUUUACCCUAAAGUAAAAAUGUAUCUCAAAAUAAAAAUAACAGAAGGCUUUUUAU